AUGAGUACAAUUGUUGGCAUCGCCGGAAUUACCGGGAAGUUCGCGCGCUGCAUUGUUGGGGAACUCCUCAAACAACAACAUGUCUUCAUACGUGGUUUUUGCCGGGACCCGGCAAAGCUCCCAGAUUCCAUCAAGACGUCCCCUCGCGUCCACAUUACUCAAGGUGGAUCGGAUGAUAUGAAGGCAUUACGGUCGUUUGCAAGAAGUUGCAGCGUUGUCAUCUGCUGCUAUCUGGGAGAUAACAAGCUUAUGACAGACGGUCAGAAGAUCUUGAUCGACGCUUGUGAAUUAGAAGGUGUCCAACGCUACAUCGCCAGUGACUAUACGGUGGACUUCACCAAAUUGCAAUAUGGUCAACUCCCAUCGAAAGAUCCGAUGAUACUGGUGAAAGAGUAUCUGGAGUCCAAGGACGUUGCAGGUGUCCAUGUGCUGAUCGGUGCAUUUAUGGAUACGUUUUGGUAUCAUUGGUUUGGCAUUUGGGAUCCGGCGCAGUAUACUCUUUCCUAUUGGGGCACCGGGACCGAAGUGUGGGAGUCGACUAGUUAUGCCAACGCAGCCGAAUUUGUCUCAGCGGUGGCUCUCGACGAAACUGCGGUUGGCCUGCAGAAGUUUCUUGGGGAUCGAAAGAGCAUUGUCGAGAUCGCUGAUACCUUUGAAUCGGUAUACGGAAAGAGACCUGGGCUGAACCGGUUGGGCUCUUCCGAAGAUUUGUAUAAGCUCAUGCAUCAGAAAAUGGCCGAAGAUCCGGCGAAUGUGCUUUCUUACCUGAAUUUAUUCUACCAGUAUUAUUGCACGAAUGGGCAGACCUAUCUCGAUAUUGACAUGGAAAACCAGAGGUAUCCUCAUGUGAAAAGAGUCACUUUUGAGGAUUUUAUGAGGAGUCAUUCUGUGGAUGAACUCAGCACUGCGAUGGAGAAAGUGGGGAUGGGAAUCUGA